AUGCAAGGCCAUCUCGAUUCUGGAGUCGCAGGCCCGUUUCGGGCCCCAACCAUCUAUACACUGACUUUACGUAUACGGUCGUUCAUGGUAAGACAACGACAGAUCGAAUUGUCGUGCCAGAAGACACAGAAGGCAGCAACUCCCGGUGAUAUUGCGAUGAAACCUCAAUACAUGGACUUCACCGACCGACCGGAUGUGCGGCAACUCAGGAGAGUCGUAAUUCGAUUGCGCUUGCCCAAUCCACCACUCCAUUCCGACCGAGAAGCAAUUAGCACGCCGCCACAACGGUUCUGGAAGCUUGGUGGCGUCGUCUACGGAUUCUAA